UUAUUUUAUUUUUUUGGACAGGCAGCAGUCAAAACUCCGACAGGUGUCAAACUAUGGCCGAGGACAUGAAGCUGCUGUGGGGCUCCGGCUCGCCUCCGUGCUGGCGGGCGAUGAUUGCUCUGCACGAGAAGAACCUGCAGGAUUACAACCACACUCUGCUCUCCUUUGAGAAAAUGGAGCACAAGUCGCAAGAAGUCCUCUCUUUAAACCCCAGGGGACAGCUUCCCACCUUCACACAUGGAGACGUCAUCGUCAAUGAAUCGUACGGCAUCUGCUUCUACCUGGAGAGCCGCUUCAAGUCACAGGGAAACCAGUUGAUCCCAGACGGUCCAGCGGAACAGGCGCUGAUGUACCAACGCAUGUUUGAGGGCCUCACAUUCUGCGAAAAACUCAAUGCCGUCAUCUACUACGACUAUGACUGGUUUGUCCCUGAAGCAGAAAGACAAAAAUCCACUUUGAAGAGAAACUGGGACACACUAACAGCUGAGCUCAAUCUGUGGGAGAGCUAUCUGCAAAAGUUGGGCUCACACUCCUACCUGGCAGGAGCAACCUUCACACUUGCAGAUGUGACCGUUUUCCCCACGGUUGCUACUCUUUUCCGAUUCGGGUUACCAGCAGAGCGUUAUCCAAAACUGGCAGAGUACUACGCUCUGAUGAAGGAGAGACCCAGCAUCAAAGCCAGCUGGCCUCCUCACUGGUUAGAAAACCCCACCGGACAAGACAGCCUGAAAGAUGUCUAAGAUUCACAUCUUACAGUCACAUUAGCUGCUAUGCUUUGGUUCUGAUUAUGAGAGUAAUAUGCGCGUGUGUGCGC